UUCCUCCUGCCUCUAUAAAUAUACAAAGACCAAAAACAAAACGAAAACGUAACAACAACAACCUAUCUCCUCUCCUCUCGACCCCAACAAACAAAACACCUCUUCUUCCUUCACCCUCGCUCGCCAUGACGACCGCCUCCGUAAUUAUCAUCGGCGCCGGAAUCUCCGGAAUAACCGCGGCGAAGGAGCUGGCCGAGAAGGGAGUAGAAGACGUGUUGAUCCUCGAGGCGACGGACCGGAUCGGAGGGAGAAUACAAAAGCAGAGUUUCGGUGACGUGUCGGUGGAGCUCGGUGCUGGCUGGAUUGCUGGCGUCGGUGGUAAAGAGUCUAACCCUGUUUGGGAGCUCGCUUCUCGUCUUAACCUCCGUACAUGCUUCUCUGACUACACCAAUGCUCGUUACAAUAUAUACGAUCGAAGUGGAGAAAUCUUCCCGACUGGAUUCGCUGCUGACUCGUAUAAGAAGGCGGUUGACUCGGCGAUUCUAAAGCUAAAGAGCCUUGAAGCUGAAUGUGAUGGCCAAGAAGCUGAAGAAGCUCCUUCGUCACCAAAGACGCCAAUAGAACUCGCUAUUGACUUCAUCCUGCAUGAUUUCGAGAUGGCAGAGGUUGAGCCAAUAUCGACUUACGUGGACUUCGGUGAAAGGGAAUAUUUGGUUGCUGAUGAAAGAGGUUACGAAUCAUUGCUUUAUAAAAUGGCCGAGGGCUUUCUCUAUACCUCAGAUGGUAACAUUUUGGACAACCGCCUCAAACUAAACAAGGUGGUUAGGGAGGUGCAACAGUCGAGGAAUGGUGUUGUGGUGAAAACAGAGGAUGGUUCCGAAUACGAGGCCAAUUAUGUGAUCGUGUCUGCUAGUAUUGGUGUUCUCCAAUCCAAUCUUAUCUCAUUCCAGCCUCCUUUACCGAAAUGGAAAACUGAAGCUAUACAAAAAUGUGAUGUGAUGGUGUACACCAAGAUCUUCCUCAAAUUCCCUCAUUGUUUCUGGCCAUGUGGUCCUGGCCAAGAGUUUUUCAUCUAUGCGCACGAACAACGCGGCUACUUCACCUUUUGGCAGCACAUGGAAAAUGCGUACCCGGGGUCUAACAUUCUGGUCGUGACGUUGACCAACGAGCAGUCAAAGCGCGUGGAGUCCCAAUCAGACGAGGAGACACUGAAAGAGGCGAUGAGUGUUCUGAGGGACAUGUUUGGUCCCACUAUUCCUUACGCAACUGAUAUUCUUGUCCCUAGAUGGUGGAACAACCGGUUUCAGCGCGGUAGCUACAGCAAUUACCCUAUGAUAUCUGAUAAUCAGCUUCAACGAAAUGUCAAGGCUCCAUUUGGAAGGAUAUUAUUCACAGGAGAACACACAAGUGAAAAGUUCAGUGGAUAUGUGCAUGGAGGAUACCUUGCGGGUAUGGACACAAGUAAGACUUUGUUGGAAGAGAUGAAGCAGAGUUUGUUGUUGCAACCUUUACUCGCCUUCACCGAGUCUUUAACACAAACAGACCAGCGCUCUAAUCCUCAAAUGUACACUAAUGUCAAUUUAAUAUCAGGGAGAAGCUAGACCACCUAUAGCCCCUUUUUAUUAUUCUUUUUGAUCUACUUUUGGCAACUCAUGUGAAGUACUUAUAACAUAACACACGCCUUGAAAUAGACAAGGUGUUUCCUUUUGCAUUAACCGGAUAAACUCCGAUGAACUUGUGUGACAUUCUUAUCCAUUCUCUUUGCCAUUUAUUUAUCUCAAGUGUUUUCUUA